AUGAAAACAUACGGAAGACCAACAUGGCGCGUCUAUGACGAUGAACGGGUUGCGAAAAAACGACGCGUCCAAGACGAAGGUGAUGAGGCUGAGGCCAAUCUGCAGUAUGCGAUUCGCGAGUCUUCCGCCGCCGUGUUGUCCAGUCCCUCGCGCCGCAACUCGAUCGUCUUGUCCGAAGGCACCCUCGAUGAUCUCGACGAUCUCACCACACCUCCCUCAUCCCCACCACCACGGUUGACCCCUCCUCCAGCCAACACACGAUGUCGCCGCCGGCUCCCCCUGACCGAGGUCAACUCCAACAGUGUGCGCUCGUCCGCAGACCCACCCAAGCAGCAGCAGCAACAACAAGAACAAUUGCCACCGCCGUCACUAGAACAGCAACUAUCCCAGCCCAAACCUCACCCCAAACCGCCAGCUCUCCGCCAGAUGCAGCUCGACCUAGGAAACGAGGUGCGCAAGACAUGCGCGACGUGUGGGAUGGAGUAUAUCCCCUCCAACAGCGAGGACGCGGCGCUGCACAAAAAAUUUCACGAAAUGAAUUCUACCGGCGUGGACCUGGGCAAGGCAUUCAUGCGCGCAAAUGCGUCUCGCUGGGUUUACGAAGCCACUCGCUUCGACGAGGGCUAUGUGGUAAUUGUGGAUCGCAAGGCCACGGCCAGUGCCCGCAAUCAGGCGAAAAAAGUGCUCGAGGUCGUCAACAAGGAGCUCUCGUCCCCUGAGAUCGACGACGAGGUGCUAUGGAGUCAGGCCGAACCCCCGAAACAUUUACUUGAGGAUAUCCCGGAGGAGCAGGUGGAUCGAUACCGGGUAUUCCUGCACAUGAAGGAUAGUCGAUGCGUCGGGCUCUGUCUGACCGAGCGUAUCUGGGAAUCACGUCCGGUCAUCCGGGGCGCCACGAACGGUGCCACCCAUAACUCGUCAGUGUCGGUAUCGGACGAGCUCCACCCGGCGAUCGUGGGUGUGUCGCGCAUUUGGACGUCCGGGGCAUCACGACGGAAAGGCAUUGCGUUGGAUCUACUGGACUGCGUGGUCAGCAACUUCAUCUAUGGCAUGGAGAUCCCUAAGGAUCGGAUUGCAUUCAGCCAGCCUACCGAGAGCGGGAAACGGCUGGCCGAUAGGUUUUUCGAAGGCGAAGAGACCUGGCAUGUGUAUAAUGAGCGGUGA